GGGGAUAAAGCUUUUAUAUACCGGUACGCUGUUCGCCGCGUUUUCUUUAGACCCCCGGUUCUCGAGUAGUGAACGUUGAACCAGUUACAACGCGCUUGCUUACAGACUUUGCCGCUUUAUUAUCAAACGAAAUAUUAUGAACUUUGUACUUUAACCUUUUGUGCCGUCAUGAGAAUACGUAUUAGUAACACGUAUUACCCGAUGUCAGUUGAGGAAUCAGAGAUGCUCGACUUAAAACCAGAACGACAGCCCGAGCCGCCUACCAAAACACCACAAGUACCAUUUGUUCCUCAACAAAUAGAAAAACCACCAACUGAAGAUGUUCCUGCGGCUCCUUUAGCCGGGAAAUUUGGUUGGACGUCAAACGAAGAAACGUUCCGGCCAUUGCCGUUUGUGACAAGAGACUCGGAACGCUUUAUCGCUAAAAAAAUUUGCGAAACCGACUGGUUUCUAUGUCCCAAUGCAAUUACAACCUCCGAAGAGUACUUCAGGGUAUACAAAAUGACCAGCAGUGAGGCGACCACUUACAAUGAAGUGAACAUCAGUCACUGUGAUAGAGGUUUGGUGGGAAACUAUUUUUUUCUACCUGGUGAUAUUCUAUUCAACUUGGAAGAUAUCAAGAAAUUUCUCCGAUUUCUGGCAGUAUUCAAACAUAUUGUGAAAUACAAAAAUUUUGGAAAUGAUAUGUUUGGAUUUGUGAAAAUCAACAAGGAAAAUUAUACUGUGCCAUUUGUUUGGAGCGAAGGCAGACAAUUGAUGCCCACAUUUUAUUUCGAUGGAGUAGAUGAAAUCCUGAAAGAUAAAUGUAUAUGCAUUACAGAUAAAUGGAUGCGUCUUUAUCUGAGAGUAUGUUUUAUCCUACAAAAAGUCAGACCGGAACUCUAUAAUCUGAAAUCUAUUCGAGUAAUAGAUGCAAUGGAUAUUAAACCAUUAUUCGCUCCGGAUACAAAUUUUACACUUUCCUGGCCAGAAGAUGGCUAUAAAUAUGAAAAUUUCCUAACUAUCAUUGAACGGAAUGAUCCAUCACCUGAGGCAAUGCUUGCAGCCAUGCAUGGCGUAACUGGACCUCUACAGAGCCCACCAAUAAACCAAAACCCAAAACAGAACAGACCAGAUUUGAUUCCUGCCGCUUCACCCAUGAAUGAAAUUCUACAGAGUCCACCAAUGAACCAAAACAGACCCGAUUUGAUAUCUCGCACCCCUGCAACUUCACAGAAUUCAAACAUAUAUAAUUUUUCCGCUAUAACUCAACUCUAUCAACGACCCGCAAACGAUAAUGUAUGCUCAAAUCCAUUUUGUAAAGAAUGUUCUUUCAACAAUAUCGCUGUUUAUAAAAAAAGAAGAAGGAAGAGCAAAAACGAAUCAGUACUACCAACAGUAGUACCUCAACAAAUGCCCACAUCGUCAUCAACUAACAGAUUAAGUAAUGUACCUUACGCAUCGCCCCAGUCAGCUUCAAGUCCUGAAAUGCAAUUUCCAAGUCCAAUUAUAUCCGGAGCUUCUACAGGGACUGUGAGCGGGGAUUUACAAAUUAACACCAAUCCUCAGACCGAUCUAUGGUCUCAACCUGUAAGGAGUGACCCAAGAACUACUUUCAGUCAGAAUAAUGAGCCUUACAGAAGGCAACCUCAAGAUCAACAAAGGAGUAGGCUGCCUGCUUUGUACAGUUAUCAGCAGCAAUUUUUAGCAUUUCAGCAACAGGCUAAUAAUAUUAACAAUAGAGUGGCUCCUUCUGUCAAUACGCCAUUGCCUCAAACUUCAUAUUCUGCAGGAUAUAAUAACGGAACUCCAGCAAAUAUGCAAAACGUUAUUGGCAGUUCUGCAGGAUAUAAUAAUAAUAGAAUAGUGUCUUCCUCAAAUCAAAAUAUGUUUGUAACUCCUACAAGUUAUAAUAAUGUAUCAGAAAAUACGCAUUUAGCACAAAGUGUAAUUGUAAAUUCUGCAGGGUAUUAUAUGUCAGUAGAUAAUCAAGUUUACUUGCCUGGAUCGGUUACUUCUUCCAGAACUACUGUUUCUUCUAAUGGUAUUGAGACGCUUUUGUAACUUUAAGUGCCACUUGUACUUGAAACCAAAGAUGUUCAAAAAGAAUACAUAUUAUUAUUUCUAUAAGGAACUUAUGUACCUACAUACCUACUAUUUAGUUUUUAAAAAUGUGCAAGCUUUUCUGUAUUGUUAUGGAGCUUUAAUUAUUGCAAUAAUGUGCAUUUAUAAAAGAGUAUUAUUCAGUUAGCUAGUUGUUAGGUGUAUAUAGUUUAUGUUAUGAAGGGACAAAAGUAAUACACACUUUUGAUUCUGUUGUUCCAAAGUAUUAUAUUUUUAGUUUUUUUUCUACUUUUUCGAAUGAAGAAACUUUUUUUUUGCCUAUAAAUAAACAAAGCGUGCCAAAUGCAAAUGUA